AUGCAUUCCCAUGGCAAUGGAAGCAAAAUGGCUUCCAAUGGUGGAGGUGAUUCAGAGGCACAUUUAUCAGAGGCCCUGCUGAACCCUGUCCAGCCUGCGCAAAUCACCAGUCAAAGGGACAGCAACAGACGAGACAGAAAAGAGAAGCAUGAUGUCAGAAGCAUGGGCAAAGACCUGUCCCAGGAUGACUUCUUGUUCCUACUCAGUAUGCUGGAGGGUGAACUACAGGCCAGAGAUGAAGUAAUCACAGUGCUGAAAGCAGAGAUGACAGAUUCGGCUCUACUGGAGGCCCACUAUGGCUUUAGAGGACCAGAGAAGGUGCUCCGCGCCCUGCAGAGAGACUCACUGCAGACCAAGCAGGACCAACUACAGGACGUUUAUGAAGAACCCAUGUCCGAGCUCAAUCGCUUGGUCCAGACCCAGAGGCGGUCAGCCAGACAGAUGCUGGAGCAGCUGGUGGAGGUUGAGCAUUCCCACAGCAGUGCCCUGUGCAGGCUUGAGGAGCAGGAGAGGAACCACAGGGCCUUCAUCCAGAAAAGUGACGACCUCACCACACUACUGGAGCAGGACCGAGAGAGACUAAAAUUCUUGAUUGUAAAGGAGAAAGAAUACCAGGAGAGAAAAGAGAAGGAAAGUGAAAGCAAAAUCUCAGCUCUGACAGAAGAGCUGACCAAGCUGAAGACUUUUGCACUGCUGGUUGUGAGCGAGCAGCAGUGUCUGAGUGAGAAACUAGGCGAACAGAGCCGACGUGUCCAAGAGCUGACCACCAUCACUGACCACACCAGGCAGGAACUCAGCACUGCUCACACCAGGGCCAAGGAGGAGGAGCUCAAAGCCCUGCAUUUGGAGGCAGAGCUGCACAAUCAGGUUUCCAUCUACCGCCAAACACAAGAGGCAAUGACAGCAAAAUUAGCUGAGGAGGACGCUCAGAAUCAACAGCUCCGACAACGACUGGUGGCCCUCAGCCAACAGCUAGAUGAGCUGGAGGGAACAAGGGGAGUCCUGAGGAAAGCAGAGGAGGAGCUGCGGGAGCUGAGGGACAGGCUGAGGCGUGCAGAGGAGGUGGGGGAGAGAGGAAUGGGAACCCCAAGCUUGCUGUCAGAAGUGGAGGCACUGAGGAGAAGGGUGGAGGAAAUGGAGGGGAAGGACGAGGAGCUGAUCCGCAUGGGGGACCAAUGCCGAGACCUGGACCACAGGCUAGGGAGGGAGACCAGCCAGUGCCGCAGCCUGAAGGUUGAGGUGGAUAAGCUGAAUAGCAGAAUCAGUGAGUUGGACAGACUAGAGGAGGCUUUAGGCAAGAGCAGGCAGGAGUGCAGCACUCUGAGAGGCAGCUUAGAGAGAGAGAAGGGUGUAAGUAAGAUGCUGUCUGGUGAGCUGGACACACUGAAGGUCAGGGUGAAAGAGCUGGAGGCCAUUGAAAGCCAACUGGAGAAGAAUGAAAUGGCAAUGAGACAGGAUCUGGCCAAACUCAGAGCCCUUACUGUGGCUCUGGUAGAGAACAGAAAGAGCAUGACUGAGCGGCUUCAACAGGCUGAGGAAAAACUCAGAGGGAGGGGGAGCAAACAAAAUGAGCCAAACACUUUGUCAACUAUAACAGAAAGAGUGAAAGAGGAAGGGCAGCAGACACUGAGGUCUAAGGCAGAUUUAGAGGUCAGGAUUAAGGCCAUAGCAAAGGAAAAGGAUGAGCUCCAAGCCAGACUAAAAAAAGAGGAAGAGAGAAAUGGAGAUUUACAGAGUAAAGUAACCAUCAUGAAGAAAAGGUUACAGAUCCUAGAAAGCAAGAAGGAAAAAGAGGAGAAAAAGGAAAAAGAGAUGGACAUCCAUAACUCUUUGCCAAACAACUCUAAUCAUCACUGCCACGAAGAGGACAACAAAGUAAAAGAACUGAGCCAGGAAGUAGACAGGCUGAGGAGGAGACUCCUAGAGAAGGAGGUGGUGGAGGGGGAGCUGAUGAAAGCAGAGGAAGACUUUGAGUCCCUGGAAAAGAGAUUCAGGGAUGAACAGAGGAGGUCACAGACUCUAACAGAGGAGCUAGAAGUGGCCAAGAGGGAGCUUUCCAGGUACCAGCAGGCAGAGAAGCAGGAGGUCAACCAGGAACACCUCCUCCUCUGUCGUCUCCAGCAGGAGCAAGUUAAAUCCAGACUCUUGGGCAGGGAAGUGGAGGCACUGAAAGAGAAGCUUCAGAAGCUGAUGGGGACUGAGGAAUCCAUCUCCAGGGUCCAGAUGGACCACUCCACCCUGCAGAGGAAACUGAUCCAGCAAGAGGCCAAGAACAGAGGCUUGGCCAGAGAGAUGGAAGGACUGACUAGUGAACUGGAGAGGUACAGACGAUUUAGUAAGAGUCUGAGACCUGGUGUAAACGGAAGGCGCUUUUCAGACCUUCACCACUGCAGCAAGGAGGUCCAAACUGAGCCAGCAGAUUGUGUGCCUCCUGACUGCACGGUGAACAACAGGAAACUAGAAGAAAGUGACGAGGAGGACCAGAAUGAGGACCAAGUCCUAAACAGAAGCAGCUCGACUCUAGUCAACAACCUCAACAGCUUGAACCGUGUAAAUAACAAUGUGAGCCAAUACAGCAGCCAUUCAGCCAAUGGCACAGACAUGCACCAACCGGUUAAUGGAGAGGUGAUGAUGCUGACACACACACCGGGGCAACCCUUGCACAUCAAAGUAACACCAGACCACGGACUCAACACGGCCACACUAGAAAUCAGCAGCCCCACUGCAGACUCUGCCACAUCGUACACCAGCACGGCUGUCAUCCCAACCAGCGGAGCCCCACCCAAACAGAGAAUCACUAUCAUCCAGAACUCAGCCGUGUCUGUAGUAAAGAACAGGAGCUCCCCUUCCAGUCCUGACCGAGCACUCUCCCCACUUACCAUAACGCCUAUGUCUCGGAUGGUGAGUCCUAGUUCAUCACGCUCUGUGACUCCUGACCACAACAACUCCCCCAUCCAGAUUGUGACCGUCAGGACCUGCUCUCCAGAGCCAACAGAGGCCACAGGUCAGGCUGUUUUCCGCAAGACUCCAGAGCGGCAAAAUAGCUGGCAUCUCCAGAGGUCAAACAGCACCAACACGAGUCCUAGCAUCAUCACCACAGAGGAUAAUAAGAUCCACAUCCACCUGGGGAGCCCCUAUAUCCAAUCCCUGAAUGGUCCGCAGCAGGUUGGCCCAUACCAUCUUCGACAAGAGCAAAGGACUCAAGUACUGACCAAUGGCUGUCAUGUCAAAGGUGGUGGCAAGAUUACCAGUAGCAUCACUAUAACUCCUGCCACCUCCCCAGCUUCACACCCCUCAAAUAUUACAAUUCCUCUGGAGCUGCUUCAGAAACCCGGUCCAACAAGGAUUCCCAAGCCCAAAGGAUGCAGCGCUCACAGAGGAACCAACAGAGCUCUGAAUGUCGGACAGAAUAAUGGAAAGCCUCCCACAGUGCAUGCUGGGAAAAACACUGGCCUGCGAAUACCCAACAGGCCCAAGGCUACAACAACAAUAUGUUAG